GGGGAGAGGGGCGCUUAUUCGAGGAGGGGGGCACUUAUUUUACAUUUUGGCCGAUAGGAGGGGCGCCUAUUCGAAGGAGGCACUAAUUCGAGUAUUUACGGUAUUCCACCGGAUGAAACGUUCCAAUUGUACCGUUCUCAAUUGUCAUUAUUCGUUCUUCAGAAACUGUCGGUAGACUGGGGAUGCACUUCAGCUUCCCCUUUAAGUGAGCUGAACACGUGGUACCCAGUCUUCACUCGUUCGGAAAGCCCGUUCCAGCCUCCAAGUCGACGAACCAAAUCCAAGAUGGAGGACAAAUUGAACUGAGGCCGGCUGGUUCUGAUGAUGAAAUGACAGUGCAGUAGUAGAGGAAUGGUAGCAAUGGAAUUUGAAACACUGGGGAAAAUUACUGACAACUUGGAAGAUGUGUCGAAGCCAAUCAAAGCUGUUGCAGACAAAUGGAAACUAUUACCAGCUUUUUUAAAGGUUAAGGGACUUGUCAAGCAGCAUAUAGACUCAUUUAACUACUUCAUAAAUGUGGAUAUAAAAAAGAUUGUUAAAGCAAACGAAAAAAUUACUACAGAUGCUGAUCCAGUGUGGUAUCUAAAAUACCUGAACAUCUAUGUUGGCAGUCCUGAUGUGGAAGAGUCAUUCAAUAUCACAAAACCCAUCUCACCUCAUGAGUGCCGCUUGAGAGAUAUGACAUACUCUGCCCCUAUCACAGUAGAUAUUGAGUACACCAGAGGAAGCCAGCGAGUGGUGAGGCAUAACUUGCCAAUAGGAAGAAUGCCGAUAAUGCUUCGGAGUUCAAACUGUGUACUGACAGGGAAAAGUCCAGCAGAGUUGGCAUCCUUGAAUGAGUGUCCUAUUGAUCCAGGAGGUUACUUCAUAGCAAACGGAACAGAAAAGGUCAUUUUAAUUCAAGAACAACUAUCAAAGAAUCGCAUCAUCGUGGAAGCUGACAAGAAAGGAAAUAUUGGAUGUUCUGUAACAAGUUCAACAGCAGAAAGAAAAAGCAGAACGAGUAUUGUGACUAAACAACACAAGUUUUGUUUGAAACAUAAUGCUCUGUCUGAGGAUGUACCUGUGGUGGUGGUUUUCAAGGCCAUGGGCAUAGAAUGUGAACAAGAAAUAGUUCAAAUGGUUGGCUGCGAGGAAGAGGUCAUCUCCACUUUUGCACCAUCACUUGAGGAGUGUCACAAACUCAACAUCUACACACAAUUACAGGCACUUCAAUAUGUUGGGUCUAAAGUGCGUCAACGUGCCACUUGGGGCAAGAGUAGGACCAAGGUGGAGGAAGCAAGAGAAUUGUUAGCAGGAGUCAUGCUUGCUCAUGUUCCGGUUAUUAAGUAUGAUUUCAAGGCCAAGUGUGUAUUUCUAGCUCUGAUGGUUCGAAGAGUCAUACUUGCUUGCAGCGAUGAGGCCCAUGUGGAUGAUCGUGAUUACUAUGGUAACAAGAGACUGGAGCUAGCAGGACAGCUUCUAUCUCUGCUUUUCGAGGAUCUUUUCAAGAGGUUUAAUGCCGAGCUUAAAAAAAUCGCAGACCAAACAAUUCCCAAACCAAGGGCUGCACAGUUUGACAUUGUGAAGCACAUGCGUCAGGAUCAAAUAACACAUGGGCUGGUUCAUGCAAUAACCUCGGGCAACUGGAUAAUCAAAAGAUUUAACAUGCAUCGUGCAGGUGUCACUCAGGUACUGUCACGUCUUUCAUUUAUUUCUGCCCUUGGAAUGAUGACAAGAAUCAGCAGUCAGUUUGAAAAGACACGUAAAGUUAGUGGUCCGCGCUCACUGCAGCCAUCUCAGUGGGGAAUGUUGUGUCCGUCAGACACACCUGAAGGAGAGGCUUGUGGGUUAGUGAAAAACCUUGCACUGAUGACACAUAUCACCACGGACCAGGAUGAAGAACCUAUCAUUCGUCUGGCUUAUAACCUAGGAGUUGAGAAUUUGAGUAUGCUGUCUGGAGAGGAGAUAAGCCAUCCCUCAGUGUAUCUAGUUUUUCUGAAUGGUGAGUUAUAUUUUCUCUUUGAAGUAAAUGGCAACUGGAUAAUCAAAAGAUUUAACAUGCAUCGUGCAGGUGUUACUCAGGUACUGUCACGUCUUUCAUUUAUUUCUGCCCUUGGAAUGAUGACAAGGAUCAGCAGUCAGUUUGAAAAGACACGUAAAGUUAGUGGUCCUCGCUCACUGCAGCCAUCUCAGUGGGGAAUGUUGUGUCCGUCAGACACGCCUGAAGGAGAGGCUUGUGGGUUAGUGAAAAACCUUGCACUGAUGACACAUAUCACCACGGACCAGGAUGAAGAACCUAUCAUUCGUCUGGCUUAUAACCUAGGAGUUGAGAAUUUGAGUAUGCUGUCUGGAGAGGAGAUAAGCCAUCCCUCAGUGUAUCUAGUUUUUCUGAAUGGAAACAUUCUUGGUGUUGUUAAGAGUUACAAGCGACUAGUUGACACUUUCCGACUUAUGAGAAGAGCUGGCUACAUAAAUGAGUUUGUUUCAAUUUGUCCAAAUCAUCAGCACAGAUUUGUCAACAUUGCAUCUGAUGGAGGACGCGUCUGCAGACCGUACAUCAUUGUUAAAAAUGGCAGACCUAGGGUGGUGGACAGACACAUUCAAGAACUUGUGCAAGGGUUUAGGAGCUUUGAAGACUUCUUACAUGAAGGCCUGGUUGAGUACUUAGAUGUCAACGAAGAAAAUGACUGUUCAAUCGCUCUUUAUGAAAAAGAAAUCACCAGGGAGACCACGCAUCUAGAGAUUGAGCCAUUCACUCUGCUUGGUGUAUGUGCUGGUCUUAUACCAUACCCUCAUCACAAUCAGUCGCCCAGGAACACAUACCAGUGUGCUAUGGGAAAACAGGCCAUGGGUUCCAUUGGCUACAACCAACGACGCCGCCUCGUACAUACAAUAGAUUUGAUCCAGUUUGACAAGCUACCAGCAGGUCAAAAUGCAACAGUGGCUGUUAUGAGCUAUAGUGGAUACGAUAUUGAGGAUGCUCUGAUUCUUAACAAAUCUUCUGUUGACCGAGGAUUUGGACGUUGUUUAGUAUACAGGAAACAGACUUGCUUGUUAAAAAGAUACGCAAAUCAGACAUUUGAUCGUGUUAUGGGUCCCAGCAGAGAUGCUAUUACUGGAGAGGUGAUCUGGAGACACAGAGCGCUGGAUGCUGAUGGAAUAUGUUCUCCAGGCGAGAGGAUAGAAAACAAACAGGUUCUCGUCAACAAGUCCAUGCCAGUAGUUACCGCCUCAGGAAUUCAACCAGUGACGCCAGGUCAGCCCCCUCCUCAGCCACAAUACAGAGAUGUACCUGUGUCGUACAAAGGACCAAAAGAUAUUUACAUUGAACGAGUUCUGGUGACAUCUAAUGCUGAGGAGGCUUUUCUCAUCAAGAUUCUACAGAGACAGACGCGGCGGCCUGAGAUUGGAGACAAAUUCAGCAGCAGACAUGGGCAAAAGGGAGUGUGUGGCUUAAUUGUGAACCAGGAAGACAUGCCCUUCACUGAUCUGGGCAUCUGUCCAGACAUUAUUAUGAACCCUCAUGGCUUCCCGUCUCGGAUGACUGUAGGCAAGCUGAUUGAACUGAUGGCUGGCAAGGCUGGUGUGUUAGAUGGGCAUUUUGGAUAUGGAACAGCAUUUGGGGGUGACAAGGUGGAAGAUGUCUGCAGUGUGCUUGUAGAACAUGGAUUCAAUUACUCUGGGAAGGAAUACGUAACGUCUGGUAUCACUGGGGAGCCAUUAACAGCGUACAUAUUCUUUGGACCGGUGUAUUACCAGAAGCUGAAGCACAUGGUGUUGGAUAAGAUGCACGCUCGUGCUAAGGGGCCCCGAGCUGUUUUGACAAGACAACCAACGGAAGGACGUUCAAGAGACGGCGGCUUGCGGUUGGGUGAGAUGGAGAGAGAUUGCUUGAUUGCAUACGGUGCAAGCAUGCUGCUUCUUGAAAGACUGAUGAUUUCUAGUGAUGCCUUUGAAGUUGACGUGUGCAGCGAGUGUGGCUUGAUGGGAUACUCAGGAUGGUGUCAUUAUUGUUCGUCGUCUCACAACAUCUCGACGUUAAAGAUUCCUUACGCUUGUAAACUUCUGUUCCAAGAACUCUUGUCCAUGAACAUUGUACCACGGCUGUCACUAAAGCACUAUACAGACGAGUGAUCAGAUAUCUGAAGAUGUACGCCUUAUUUAUUGUCCGUGCGACCACUGGAGCUUAGACAUGAAGCAAACACAACUAUGAGGCAUCUGCGAACGAAAAGAAAACAUUCAAAACGGAUUAGUCGCCUCUCAAAAGCACGCACUGAAGGGUUGGGACUUGACCAAGAAAAAAAAAAAAA